CCUAACAUUAUUCAACUAUCACAAAAAUGGCAGUGUCAUUAUCCAGAAAAAGAUCCAAAUUAUCAAGAAAACAAUCUUGUUCUACCUUAACAAUUCUAUACAGCUUCAUAAGUAGAAUUUCAGCUUUAAUCUUUUUCUUAAUCCUUAUUUACAUGUGGUCUUCUUUCUCCACAGUUAUAACAGGAAACAUUAUUCAUGUUUGUUUUUCCACAAGAAAACUCAAUAAUAGCUUCUAUUGUGUUUCAGCAGCCACUCAUACAAAUCCCUCUUUUGAAAUCCCAAAUUAUUCCUUAAAUUCCGUAAACAACAAUACUAUUAGCACCUCCAUUAUUACUACUACAGAAAAAAUUGAGGCUAGUAAUAGUAAUAAUGCAACUCAAGAACUUGGAAAGUUUCCAAUUAGUACUCCAUAUAAUGAAGAGGUUGAAAAUGCUGUUAAGAUCAUUGAGGAACACUUGAAGGUUCAUCGAUCGUGGAGGUCGGAUAGUAAAAACAAUGCAACUUGUGAAGAUGGUAAAGGAAUAUAUGUGUAUGAUUUGCCAUCUAAGUUUAACAAGGAUUUGGUUGGUCAAUGCAGUGACAUGCUUCCAUGGCAAGAUUUUUGUAGAUAUAUCAGUAAUGAAGGGUUUGGUGAACCGAUAUCAAAACUUGGUAAAGGUUGGUAUAAAACUCAUCAAUAUUCACUUGAACUUAUUUUUCAUUCAAAGGUGUUGAAACAUCCAUGUAGGGUUUAUAACGAAAAUGAUGCAAAACUAUUCUAUGUUCCAUUCUAUGGUGGACUUGAUGUGUUGAGAUGGCAUUUCAAUAAUGUUUCAAAUGAUGUUAAAGAUAGUUUGGGUUUGGAAUUAGUUAAGUGGCUUGAGAGACAAGUUACAUGGAAAAGGAAUUUAGGUAAGGAUCAUGUUUUUGUUUUAGGGAAAAUUUCUUGGGAUUUUAGAAGGACUAGUGAUUCUCCUUGGGGUACUAGAUUGUUAGAGCUUGAAAAUUUGCAAAAUCCGAUUAAGUUAUUGAUCGAACGCCAACCAUGGCAUUUGAACGACGUUGGAAUUCCUCAUCCGACUUAUUUUCAUCCAAAAUCAGACAAUGAUAUAAUCGAUUGGCAGCUGAAAAUCAUAAGGUCGAACCGAAAGAACCUUGUGAGUUUUGCUGGCGCGGCACGUGAUGACGCGGAUGACAACAUAAGGUCGAUAUUAAUCGACCAAUGCACUUCGAAAAUUGACAGUAAAUGCAAGUUUCUGAACUGCAGUUCUGUUAAAUGUUAUGAACCAGAAUCAAUUAUAGAACUUUUUGUCGAGUCUGAGUUCUGCCUACAGCCACCGGGGGAUAGUCCAACUAGAAAAUCAGUUUUUGAUUCGCUGAUAUCAGGUUGUAUUCCGGUUCUUUUCGAUCCUUUCACAGCUUAUUAUCAAUAUCCUUGGCAUUUGCCAGAGGAUUAUGAUAAGUAUUCUGUGUUUUUGGACAAAAAAGAGGUUAGAGAAAUGAAUGUGAAUGUUGUGGAGAGACUUGGAAAUAUUUCAAUGAGAGAGAGGGAAAACAUGAGGAGGUAUAUAGUAUAUGAAUUAUUGCCUGGACUAGUAUAUGGUGAUCAUAAUGCUGAGCUUGAAAAGUUUCAGGAUGCAUUUGCUAUUAUUAUCAAUAAUCUUCUUGAAAGGGUUAGCAAAUUCAAGGAUUAA